UUGAUUAUAAAAUAUGUUAUUGUAAUAUUAAAGUUUUGUAGGUAAAACUUAGGGAUUAUAAUCUGUUUUAAUGUUAUAUUAGAUUCCAUAAAUAGUUUCUAAGAUGGAUUAUGAUGUUAAUAAUUAUACAGUCGUUGGUCGAAUCGGUGAAGGAGCCCACGGGCUUGUUUUCAAAGCCAAACACAACACAACAGGUCGCGAGGUGGCCUUAAAGAAAAUUCUGAUAAAGAAUCUUGAAGAUGGAAUACCGGUCCAUGUCAUGAGAGAGAUCAAGGCUUUACAACUACUAAGAUGUAAAUACAUUAUUAAACUAUACGAUAUGUUCCCGCGCGGCAUGAGUCUUGUUCUCGUGCUAGAAUAUAUGUACUCCGGAUUAUGGGAAAUGUUGCACCAAUGCGAGCAUGAACUGACAAUAGCUAGAGUCAAAACUUAUGCAAAAAUGUUAUUAAAGGGAAUGCGUUACAUGCAUGCUCAUUACGUCAUGCAUAGGGAUCUGAAACCAGCAAACCUGUUAAUAAAUCAUGAGGGAAUAUUGAAAAUAGCAGAUCUAGGAUUAGCGCGACUAUACUGGCCUGAGGGUGGUAGGCCCUAUUCACAUCAAGUGGCCACAAGGUGGUAUCGUGCUCCGGAAUUGUUGUAUGGAGCACGCUAUUACUCUGAAAAAAUAGACCUGUGGUCAGUUGGAUGCAUAAUUGCCGAAAUGAUUACAAAGAAACCACUAUUUGCUGGAGAAUCGGACAUUGAACAACUAGCAAUUGUACUUCAGCACCUUGGAACGCCCACAGAAGAAACAUGGCCCGGUCACUCGCAACUACCGGACUUCCAUAAAAUAUCUUUCCCUGAAUCUGCUCCGACGCCAUGGAUUGACCUUUUGCCAGGCGUGGAGCCAGACGCAAUUCAUCUAAUAAAAUCUUUUAUUUUAUAUGAUGCUGACAGAAGAAUGUCAGCGAAACAAGCUUUAAGACACCAGUGGUUCCAAAAAAAUCCUCUACCGGCCUCGUUAGAAGAAAUGCCAAAGCCAAAACCAAAGUAGAUGUUAUAUUGAAAUUAUAAAAACCAAAAUGUAAUGAAAUAUUUAUUUUUUUAAUACAUCAUUUAUGAUUUAAAUUACAAUCAUAUUUUCGUUUAUCCAUUACCGAAUUGUACUCUUUUAAAAACUAUACACCUAUAAGUCAAAAAUUUAUUAUUUGCAUUUCCAUUGAACUCGUUGCGCUUAAAUUAAAUUAUAACAUUUAAACUCGUUGGGAAUAAACCAUCGUAUUUAUUCGUCGCAUAAGGCAACAAUUUGAGCGCAAAGUAUUGUGCUAACAGCAUAAAAAACAAAGUAACAAAUAUUUUACUAAAAGCGUUGUUAGAUACAACGGCGGUGUUAAGUCUUUUAUAGAUUUCACUAAAGAAAAAAAACAAGAGUUGGAAAAUACGUAAAUAAAUAUGUAUAUAUACACUUGCAAAUAAACACGUAUCAGCACAAAGAUAUUAUUAUGUGUUUGCUUUUUGCAAAGUUUUGUCAUGCAAAAUAAAAACUAAAAUAUGUUGAGAUUACAAUACGACCAAAAUGAAAAUUGCAUAAUGUGGUUGUCACCCGAUUACAAAAAACUUACAAAAGUAUAUUUUAUUUAUUAAUAACUAAUUUAUGACAUAACAAAUAACCAUAAUCAUUUUAUAACAGUUCACGUGACACCCAGCACAGUUUGGAAGCUACAUACAUACACUUUUUUAACCUUGUUUCAAUGAUAAUAUUAAAUAAGGUUCUAUUUUAUUAACAAUAAUUUGUAUUUUCUCAGCAUGCAACCUACUUUAGCUCUUUUGAAAAAAACAAAAUAAUAAUAUUAAUAAAAUAGUGCGUCUGUGCCACUUCUCGCUACAUUAAAAAUUUACAUUUGUAAUAUGCCAAAUAGAUUAUAUUUCUUGUUUUGUUUUUUAUGUUCUGCAUUUGCUGUUUGUACAAUAUUGCAAGGUAUAAAAGUGUCUUAAUAAAUGAACUAAAAAAAUGUAGAACCUUUCAUACAAGAGAUCACAUUAAAACGGAACCCUUUCUAGGAAAAAUAUACAGGGUGUUUAAUUGAAACUAAUUAAAAUCAAUUUAAAGAUUACGAAAUCGUUACAUACAUACCCAGUUUAAACAUAUUUUAAAAUAAUAAUACAAACAUUAUAAAACUAAGAUUAUUUACAAAUAUGAGCUAGCCACAGCCAAGUUACUGCUACAGCAAAGUUUAAGUAACGUUGGACUUUUGAAUUUUUGGUCACACAGCUUUAACCUAUGCAGUUUCAAUGAAGAUACCACAAUAUUAAAUAUAUUACUGCGCAGGAACCAUCGUAUGCUAGAAAUAUAAAAAUCUGUCCACAUUUUCACACAAUUCGUAACGCUUGUUAACAAAUUACCACAAUACAUUAACGUCAUAAUUUUAUUAUACGUUUACUUACAUAUACAAUUAAUUUAUUAAAACGUGGAUGAAUUAAAUAUUCACAACAAAACAAUCCGUCAUUCAAAUGCACUUAUUUACUUAUAGUCUAAUAACUUUGUCUCCAGAAUAAUGAAUGGACCUUUGAGGCAUUUUUACAUCAACAAAUUCUGUCAAACUGUAAUGUAUAUGUAUUUUUAUGAUGAGAAUAUUCAGUGGGAUAAGACAAGAUAAGGUGGAACAUAUUUAUCUUUGCAAAUUGAACAUUUAAUAUUGUAAUUGGUCCUAAUGUAUUAAUACAAAUAACUAUGCGAUUUACUUCAAGUGAAUUGUUUUUUGCAAUAAUUAUAGUUAAAUAAUAAAUUCUAGUACCCAAAAUAAAGGCAAACACGAAACCAAGUGCUUUUUGUAAAAAUUUGAUCCAAACCUUGUACUGCUAACACCUUGAAGAUAAAUUAUGUAGAAUUAAUUUAACUAGCAUUCUUCCAACUAUCGAAAUUAAAUUCUUACUGACACCUCAAGAUUAGGAUCAUUAUAUUUAUGUAUUAAAUUUUAUAUUCUGUUCAUGACAUAUUGAAAACAAAUAUAUAUUUCCAAAUUGUUUUCUUAAUAGUACCUACUCCAGUUCGUAGAUAACUACUGACCAAAAAAAAAGAAAUUGGUUGACAUACAACUGGAGGAAAUGGUAUUUUGGUGUUUUACCACUUAUUUAUCUAUAAUGUUUAGAUGUUAUACAUAUAUCAUCUGAAAUUAUACUACCAGCAUUCAUUUUCGAAAUUCAUAAUGUUAAAUGAGCUGACCUUUUUUUUCUACUGUUACACCCAUAUGUUUAUUUAAGUAGGUGUAACAUAAUAUAUUAAAUGAUAAGAAAUUUUACUUUAUAAUACUACCUAGAAGUAAUGGUUCUUGGUUACCAGCA